AUGUCCAUGAGAGGCUCUGCUACAAUAACUCUUAUAGCUGCGGGGCUCUUGGCGUUUCUCACGGCUACAUCCUGCGUCUUCGUUGUUUGUGCCCAGGAGACCCUGAGUAUUGCAGGGAGUGUUUCGGUGGCAUUAAAUGCCAGCCAGUACAUAGAUGUGCAAGUAGUACACGGUUCCACUGGGGCUGUUUUCCGUUCCCAGCCGUUGGACGCCACGCGCAGCUUUUCCUUCACCGGCCUUCCACUGACGGUCAAUGAGGUUCGUCUUUUUCUGCGACUUCCGGAGCGGCGGUUUCGUCUUGAUCGUGCGGCGUCUUCCCUUUCGGCCCGUAUCCCAAAUGUUGCUAGUGGCGAUGAUGUUGCAUGGCUGCACUUGACUGCGGCAGUGGAGGAGGUUAGCAAUGCUGUGCCAGAGAAGCGACCGCAAGGAGGGAGCGUGCUGACGGCUGUCGUC